GAUGAUUGGCUGAUGCUGGAUGUAGCCCCGCCCCGUCUGCCUGCCUCUCUCCGGCUGCUGCUACCGAGCCAACCCCAGACCGCCCGGUGUUCGGUACCUGCUUGACCCAAAACACCACUCACUGGGACAAGAGCGAGGCAGGACGCCGUGAAGCCGGUUCUGCUCUGUUGAGCUUCAUGGUGAAGCUGGUGGCCAGCAUCCUUCCUCUACCCAACAGGGUAAAUGUCAGCUGUGGUGAGUGUGCAUCCUCAGCCCGGUCCAGCUCUCGGGGGAUGAGGAGCUAGUUAAGACUUGACCCAGGAUCUGGCUGUAGUUAUAAUAAUCCUCUUAAGAGCAUUAGUGGACUAAGUUUGUCUGUGACGGUGACGAGCAGAAAAAGGAGCUUCAUUUACGCUUUCAUCCACCAUGAUGCAACUGUGUGACUCCUACAAUCAGAAGAACUCACUCUUCAACGCUAUGAACCGCUUCAUCGGCGCCGUCAACAACAUGGACCAGACGGUGAUGGUGCCCAGCCUGCUACGGGACGUCCCACAGGACGACGCGGUGGAGGUGAAAGAGGUGCCGCCCACCAGCACCGCGCCCUGCUUCCCGCAGCCUGGAGACAUGUACAGCUCCUACGUCCUGCUCAAGUCCAUCCGUAACGACAUCGAGUGGGGCGUCCUGCAGGGUGACGGGCGGGAGAAGGAGAGGGAGAAGGCGGGUAUGAUGGAGGUGUCGCGAGCAGAUGCGCAGGAGGUGGACGACGACCUGGAGAAACUGUUCCAUUUCCACCUGAACGGACUCCAUGCGGUUCUGUCCAAACUGACGUGUAAAGCCAACACGCUCACAAACCGCUACAAGGAGGAAAUUGGCUGCAGGAACUGACCCAGGAAUCAUUCAUUUUUAGUGACAACAACAAUCCAGGACAAUCAUGCUUAACUGUAGCUCAGUAACUGCAGAACAGCAAAGGUUCUGGUUUAUCUGGUGAAACAAGCAACGAAACGCAGGAAGCUGAUGAAAAUAAAUGCACUUUAUGCUCAUGUCCCUGUUGCAUUUCACACAUUUGAACGUGUGGCUACAUCAGCUGACUUCAAAGCUUCAAAUGCAGUGAAAACACCACAAUUACACUUAAAACAGCUGCAUUUGAAAUGAAGUCAAACUAAACAAUAUGAAUAAUGUGACAAAUGUGAGGCCCCUGAGCCCCAACCCCAACCAUGUGGAGGCAUAUUUGAAUUGUUCAGCCUUUACUCUGAAUGACGAGGUUCAUCAGAUGAAGAAAGUUUAUCAAAAGAUAGAAUAUGAAACAUUUAGAAAACUUUUACUGCUGUCACGUGUCACAUCAGGUCAACCUAACAGAGCAUUUAUUAUUAUUAUUAUUAUUAUUAUUACAUAAAAUUAUACACAGAUAGAGGGUCCACCAGAGCUCCUUCUUUAAAAAGGGGCUGAUGGUUUAUGUCUGACUGUGUUCAGGCUUCAUUUCAUGCUGUAAAUUCAAAACUAUGCAAACACACGUGACUCAGAGGAGGCGCUGUGUUUUUAUAUGUAAACUACUGGAUGUGUGUUGAUGACCUUUAGGUGUCUACUAUGAAACAUGGGACCAUGUGAUUCUAGUAGACGAUCUGUAAAACAAUAAUGUGUUGCUGGUUGUUUUAGUCACGUGAGUUUGUUUCCUGUAAUCUGAUCCUGAAUCCUGAAACUACUGACAAAAUAAACCAAAAACAUUUUAAUAAUGAA